AUGAGUUUGUCGGCCAUUUUUUGCUUCCAAUUCCUCUUGGUUGUCCAGUUAGACACUGUAGCAGUAUCCUACAGCACCCGCAGUGGUGGUGCACUGGGAGCGAGACUUUUGCCGGUGCUGCUUCAGAAACGUCUGUACAUUAAACAACAACGAUCGACCAUUUCCCUGAGGGGAGGCUUGUGGUAUGAUGGAGCAGACGAAGAUGACUCUGGGUCAUACUAUUACACGGACGAGGAAGACGACCCGGACUACAACCCCCUGGACACUCAAGCUCCUGAUUGGGUGAGACAGAUAGAGCCAGACCCCACCAUUGUAAGGGCGGACGAGGGUCUGACAGAGGAGGAGAUACAAAACCACCCCUACCUGAUCCCUGUUGGAGGCUGGAACAAUGGCUUCUUCCCAGAAUAUCAGGGGAAGGGCCUCGAGCGAUAUCGCGAGUCCCUCAACGCAACAGACUACAUCCCACCCGAGCGAAUGCGGCCUCAGAGGCUGCGAGACGUGUAUGGCCUGGGAAAGUAUGUGAUGAACUCUAGUGAAAGCCCUUACACUGAGGAGUACUAUGACAAGAGUAGAAACAUCCUAAGAGUUCCGCCUGAUCAGCUUCCUCGGGAGUUUCACCUGCGUGUGGAUCCCACCCAGAAUGUCUCCUUCCUGUUCACCGGAACUCUUGCAGAGAAAUUCUCCGAGUGGUACGGGCCAGUGCCGGAGUCGUGGUCAGCAGUGGUAUAUGAAGAGAACGGGCCCAUCUUCUUGUACAGUGGAGGACUGGAUGAUCCCAUGUACCAUGACGAUCUUGUGAAGCAGUUUGGAGGGGAGCAGACUGUUCAGUUCUUCUAUGAUGCAACACAUGAACGGGUCAAGGAGAAACGAGUCGACUUUGACACUCUGAACAAUUUUAUUCCUGGUCCUGCAAUCUUUGACGAGUUCUUUCCAUGCAGCAGAGCGCCAGGGGUUGAGAUGUUUCAACAUCCUCCAAGAGCGGGAGAGCUCGAUGACGUAUACGUUCCUGACGACGUCUCCUUCCUCUUCAGAGCUGUGAGGGCUGUCAAGGCAGGGCAGCGGUUGGUUUGCAGGAAAGGAACACACAAGUGGGGUGCAGGAUCAGAAGAUUAUCCUCGAUGGGAGCUGCAGCUGGACAAGAACAACACGCCCUUCCACAUCUGCGGUCAAGUGCGUGCGAAGCCGAAGCAUGUCAAACACGAGCAAAUCAACUGCUCAAAGUUGUCGGACCGAUGGGAGGGUGUGCUUGCGACGAAGCUUCAUGGCCAAUGGUGUAUGUUCGACGGGUCUUGUGGGUCGUUUUCGAAUGUCUUCAUCUGUUAUACCUCCAUCUUUCGUCAGACUCUCAUGCGGGUCUUCUCCGGCCCUUGGCUUAUCGAUCACUGCUGCUUCAAGAGCUCCCACGUCACCUGUAUCCUUGCGGCCUGUAACAGUCAGGUGCAACUAAGAGACUCUUUCAUCGGAGGAACAGGGCCGGAGGUCCGCUACCAUGAAACUCUCCCUGGCCUUGCCUUCUACGGAGUGGCUAUGAUAGCCAACAGCAACGUGUCCUUGAACAGGUGUGUGCUUGAGGACAUAGGGUUUGAAGGAGGAUGUGCCAUCGCCCUCAAUGACUGCUCCCAAGUUUACGUCAAUGGCUGUGAGUUCAACAGAUGCCGGCUUGCAGUUCACUUGGCACAAUUCGCUCACGUUGAGUUGGAAUCUUGUUUGAUCUAUAAUUGCAAGCAUGCAGCAUUCUGUGCUGUUGAGGUGUACUAUCCAGUCCCCGAAGAAUACCAUAAAGAGUUUGGCGCGAUCGUUGAGUCCGAGAGAUUCCAAGAGGAUGAACAAGGAAAUCUUUACAGCCUGUUGACACCUGAAGAGAAUCCGGAUGGGACUUUCUUCAACGAGACUAACUCUACCGUCGCGAUGAUGGUGAUCAAGAAUUGUUCCGUCCAAGGAACGAUUCAAGACCUUUCACUUUCAUUUGCGAUCAAGAAGAUUUAA